AUGUUGUCCAAGCAGGUGGGUGCAGGUAUGCCAUUACACUUGUUCUUCUCCAGCCAAGCGCUCGCUUCCUUGUUGCUCCUUGCACCGUCGCAUUGCCGAUCCUCUCCUGAGCCAGUUGGUCUGCGGAUCAUUGAGGAAGACCUCAUGGACCGUAAUGUCUCGACACUGCCCGGCUCAACGGGUCAUGCACCAGGAUACGUUGGGCAAUACAACACCCUACCUGCGCUGACCGAACUUGCGAAGCGUAGGGUUGGAUACUAUUCGGCCAUGCCUAAUGCGUUUAGUGUUGUGAGAGGCUUGGAGAUAGCGCAAAGCUCGAUUGGAUUGCAAACUUUGCGUGGUCGAUGCGAGGAAGCACGCAAGCUAGCGUUGGAAGCGGAGAUGUUUGUGAAAGAGAAUGGCGUCCAGGAUGGCUUGUUGUUCGACAAAGAUGCCACCGCCAAUGCCCAGUUGAUUGCUAGAACGCAGCAAGCUGAAGCGAAGAGCAAAGGAGCAUCUUUGGUCGAUGCGCAAGUCAAGUCUGUUGAGAGGGGAAAAGUUAUCUUGAGCCAUGGCACAGAGAUCAAAGCAGCAGGAUAUCCUGAAGCGCAUCUCUAUGCUCGAGACCACAGCUUGCAAGAUGGUAUUGGAAGCUAUGGUCAUGAUCCCAUUGCUGUUGCUCAAUCUCAUCUCACCAGCAGUGCGUAG